UGACACUUUCUGUCAAUGGGCACAUUUCACCAGAAAACCAAAUGAAAACAAUGUGUUUACCACUAAAUAUGAAAAAAUGUUCACGAAAAUUGUGAAAUACCGACGGAACUUCUUGGAAAUUUCGAAUUUUCGCAGGAAAUUUUCAACAGACACCAUAAGCAAGCAACCGGCUGUAGUUUUAGGCAUAGAAACAUCGUGUGAUGACACGGCCUGCGCCAUUGUGAACAAUAACGGGAAAAUUUUGAGUGAAAGCAAAUAUUCACAGCUUCAAUUUCAUUUGAGAGCUGGUGGCAUAAAUCCCAUCUUUGCCCAAGAAUUACAUCGCCUUCACAUUGAAGAUGUUGUGACGGAAGCAUUGGAAGGGGCAAAUAUGAAAGUGACUGACGUCGAUGCAAUAGCUGUGACAAAUGAACCUGGUAUAACGCGCUCUCUAAUUGUCGGUGUGCGUUAUGCAAAGCACUUGGCUCGAAAGUACUCAAAGCCAUUAAUACCAGUCCAUCACAUGGAAGCACAUGCGCUUACAUCCCGCUUAGAAAAUCCAGACUUAAAAUUUCCCUUCCUAUGUUUACUGGCUAGUGGUGGUCAUUGUCAAUUGGCUCUUGUAAAAAGUGCGACCGAAUUUCUUCUCCUUGGCACUUCAAUAGAUUCGGCUCCUGGUACAUGUUUUGAUCGAAUAGCUCGUGCUCUGAAUCUGCAGGCAGUGCCCGAGUACCGAAACGUCAGUGGUGGUCCAGCACUUGAAUUGGCCGCUUCUAAAUCGUCAAACCCAAAUCGAUUUCAAUUCACAUUGCCAUUGAGGGAUCAACCCAAUUGUCAAUUCAGUUUUUGCGGUUUUCGUAGUCAGGUCAUUCAAACUAUCGAUGAUAUUCGAAAUCGAUUGCAUUUACCACGCGAUGAAAUGAUUCCAUACUACGAAGACCUCUGUGCAUCCGUUUUGAGGAUAGUUACAAAACAUUUGCUACAACGCACACAGCGGGCUAUUCACUAUUGUGAUCGAUUGGGAGCAUUUGGUGUGGGAGCCACCAAUAAACUUGAUAGAACAUUCGUUUUUUCGGGCGGAGUGGCAUGCAAUGACUUUAUUUAUCGAGCGAUGAACGAAAUGGUUUCACAAUUUGGAUUUAAGUCGUAUCGAAGCUCGAAGAGAUUGUGCACAGAUAAUGGAGUCAUGAUUGCGUGGAAUGGAUUGGAACGGUGGCAUGGCAACGAAGAAUUUUAUAGAAAUUUAGACAUUGAUAGUGUUUUACCAAAUAGUUUUACCACAUUGGGUAGCGAUCACACGGAAUUAGUGACGAAAAAACGAUUAAAAUGUAAUUUUGUUAAAGUACCCUCUAUGAUGUGUGAAGACGAAAUAAAAUAGUCGAUUUUUUUAUUUUUUGCACCCAAGCUUUAGAGUUUGGUUAGUAUCACUUAAAGAUAUCAAAAUAAAAGCACGUUAAUUUUCAUUAAA